CACGAUCUAAGAAAGGUUCAAAGCAACAAGAACCGGCGCAGCAAAUCACCGUACGAUGUGAAUAUAUCUCUUGAAGAAAAUGAGCUUGCCAGUUUAUCGCGCUACAUCCAGGAUAAGGCUCAACAAAAACAGGAAAGCCUAAAGGGUCUGGAAAAGGCUAUCCUUGAAUCUUGCUUCAUGCCUUCGCUACGAGCUAUGCUGUUAUUUCGAGACAUUGCCUAUGCUCUAACUUUUGUCAUUCCUGCCUCAUACCUUUAUCAUCUUCCGUAUUCGGGCGUUGGCCUCUGGAUUCUGGUUCGUGAAUGUGGCCAUGAUGCAUUUUUCUCUCCUCGCAAGGUCAACAAUCUUGUUGUCCAGGCUCUUCAUUCUGUUUUACAUUUCCCCUACUUCUCUUGGAAGAUUAACCACGCUUGUCACCAUCGAUCUACUGGCCAUAUGGAAAAGCAUACCGUUUUUGUUCCUUCCACGAAAGAGGAGUACAGCUUAAAGACCCCAAAGGCUGAAGGCGUUCAUGAGCUUCGGGAAGAUGCUCACUUGAUGACUGCCCUGCGCCUUUCAGGUCAUCAGCUGUUGGGGUUUCUCAUGUAUUUACUCAUCAACAUCAGUGCGGGGAGUGGCAGCAUUCCUCCCACCAAGGCUGGCUUGGGCAGUUUUGCCAGUCAUCUCUAUCCACUGGGGAACCUUUUUAUUUCCUCGCAAAAGGUUAAGGUCGUGGUGUCUGGUCUCAGUAUUGCUACCAUGGUGCACCCCCUGGCUUUGGUGGGCCAAAGAAUAGGCUGGGGAAAUGUUCUGCUCUUCUAUUUCCUGCCGUAUGUGUGGGUCAAUCACUGGAUUGUCGUCAUUACAUAUUUGCUCCACACUCACCCCUCAGUUCCCCAUUAUGGGGCAGAAAGUUGGAUAUACACCAAGAGAGCACUGGCUAUGGUUGACCGAAGCUUAGGGUUCAUUGGUCGUCACUUCUUUCAUGAAAUCGUUGAUUUUCACCUCAUCCAUCAACUGCUCCCUAAAAUCCCUUUCUAUAAGGCCGAAGAAGAAACUUAA